AUGUCAGUUUCAACCCUCACUAACGUACGACUCAAUAUAGGUCGUUAUGGUUUGUCAACUAUAAUUGUGCUUGGCAAUAUUAGUAAUAUUUUAACAAUCCUUAUAUUCAUACGAAUAUUACGAAAACAACUCAAUUCAUGUACAAUGUACUUAUUAGCUUCUUCAAUUGCAAAUAUUAUUUUGAUUGAUACUGCAGUUAUUUCCUCACUUUAUGGUAUUGAUCAUCCUGAUCCAGUACAUUUAUUAGUCGCUUUCUGUAAAUUGAAAUUUUAUGGACCACACGUGUUAUUAAUGCUUUCAAGAAGUUUUAAAACAGCUUCCUGUAUUGAUCGAUGGGCUUUGACUUCUUCAAAUGCUAGAACUCGAUCAUUUUGUCAACCAAAAAUUGCUCGUAAUAUUAUCAUUUUUCUUANAAAAGAGUGA